GAAUACCGAUACCAAAAUCAAAAUCACAUUACAGUGUAGGGUUUCACUUCUUUUGCAUUUGCGCGCCGUUUUUCUUCUCCUUCAUCACUGUCUCCGAUUCCGUUAGCCAGGAUUCGUUCACCUUUUCUAUUUAGAUCUUUGAACACUUCCACUUUUUUCCACAUUUGCAUUCUCAAUUCUAUUUUCUUGUGAAUUUCUUUCGAUUGCAGCAGAUUUUGGUGGUAUUUUUCCCAAUUCGUCAAAAUGUCAAACAUUAUCAACUUUGAACAAGGAUGGAGUAUUAUGCAGAAGGGAAUCAAGAAGCUCCAGAACAUUCUAGAAGGCUUUCCUGAGCCUCAUUUCACCUCUGAAGAACACACUUUGCUGUAUACGACCGUUUACAAUAUGUGUACUCAAAAGCCGCCUCAUGACUAUUCUCAGCCACUGUAUGAAAAGUAUAAGGAAACAUUUCAAGAUUACAUCGUUUCGACAGUUCUGCCAUCGUUGAGAGGAAAGAAAGAUGAACUUUUGUUGAGAGAACUGCUCGGAAGAUGGUCAAUUCACAAAACUAUGACCAAGUGUCUCUCUAAGUUUUUUCAUUAUCUUGAUAGAUACUUUAUAGGAAGACAGCGACUUCCUUCUCUUGAAGAAAUUGGCUUGUUGUCCUUCUAUGACUUGGUAUAUGUUGAGAUGCAUAGAGAAGUGAUGGAUGCAAUAUUAGCUAUGAUUGAUCGGAAAUGGGCAGGAGAGCCUAUUGAUGAAACCUUGGUUCAUAAUGCACUGACUUUCUACUCAGAGAUUGGAGAAAGCACAGGAAAAAACGAUCCAAAACACUUUGCUGAAACAACGAUUAAAGAAAAUGCAACAUUCUAUACUAUGUCGAGGCUACAAAUUGGCUAGCAGUCAGAAACAACUUCUCUUAUUUCAUCCAAAAUUAGAGGCAAUCCAAUCAGGAGGAGAUAAAUAUGCAGGGGCUAAACUGAUAUAUAGAUGCUCAAGCAAGAUUAUGAGCGACUCUACUAGCCUGUCUCCGUAUAAAAGUUAGGUUGUAGCCUCUUUUUAGAAGAUAUAGGAGUCCUACACCAUGAAAGUAAGAAUCCGGCUCAUUCUCAUAAUUACAAGGAUUGUGCAUAGCAUUCACAACAGUUUGGAAAUCACUCUCAAUGUAACAUGAACAAACCCCUUGGAAGCUGCAAGCCGAAGUUAUAAAAGGAGCACAGUUGCCUCACACUUGGCCACAGUACAGAUGGACGGAAACCAUGCAGUAUGCGCCAAAACAAAUUGUCCUUUGUUGUCUCUGAAGCACAUAUGCCAACACCCAAGCAAUUUUAAGCAGAGAAAAGGGGACAAUCGAUACUGCAUUUUAAGUGAUCAACUGCUGGUUUCUCUCAGGAAUGCAGAGGACGAGAUAGGAUCAUGUUGCAGCCUGGACAAAGUCUGGCUGCACCAGUUGAAAUCUCGGACAAUAUCAGCUGCAAGCUUCAUCAUUGUAGCAUGAAGCUGCAGGUUUAUUCUCCCUGUAAAAUAUGUGAAGUCUGUGUAAACUCUGUGUGUCUAUAAUGAGAUCACAAAGCUUGUAUUUAUAAUGGCUUUACCAUAAAUACAUUGAAUGCUUAUUUAGUAAGCACUAGCCUAGGAAGUUGAAUACUCUAGGAGUUAUACAAUCAAUCUAGGAAGUUGUACAAUUAAAGGGAUCUAAAGAUUCUUAACUUUAACACUCCCAAUGACAUGCAUUACGGCAGCACCAUAUAAUCCAUAAAGUGGUCGCAAAGGUUUAUUCUCCCAAUGACAUGACUUACGGCAGCGCCAUAUAAUUCAUUAUAAUUAUUGAUGGGAGCUUGUUUGGAUUUACAAACCAAGAGAUAGUUAACUUUGUUUGUCAACUAUCUAAUACUGGUGUUAAAUUUGCAUUGGAGAAAAAUGGUUUCACUAAGGCUUAAUUUCUUUAAUGAUGUUUUAUGUUUCUCUGAUAGUUAUGUAUUUGAAUAGUAGUAAAACCAGACAUUUAAUUAUCUUCAAAAUGCUGCCAUAUUCAUCAAAAUCCAUAAUAGUCAUUUGGUUGAAUUUGUGAUUUUCAUUUGAUUUUUCCAGUAAUG